GCUAGUGCCGCCAAGCGUCGUGCGCACGUCGCGGAAAUAAAUGUCGCAGACCAGCACGACCACCCUCCCCCCCGCGUGACCAUCAACGACAGCCCCUCCUUUAUCUACCGCAGCUGCCAAUCCUUCAAGGACUUUACGUGCUGCAAGGUGGUGCUCAACCCGCUGUGCGACUGGCUCGGCGUGGAAAGCUUCGGCGAAGGUGCGAAGAAAUUAUCUCCGACCACCUCGAGCACCCGGUCGUCCUCCGGUAGCAGCCGGGCCACCGGAGAGGAGGUGGGGGUUCAUCCUGAUGGUAGUACGUCAAGAGCAGC